AUAUAGAUUAUUUUAUCCAUGUACUUUCCUUUCUCCGGUGAGCUCCCAGAUACAGACAGUGGAUUCCAUUAGAUCUCUUCGAUCUAUUGAUCUUGCAACAAGAUGAACGGAGGACCUUCUGGAUUUCAUAAUGCUCCAGUCACCAGAACCUUCGUGAUCGCCAGCGCUAUAUUAACGAUCCUGUUGGGGAUUCAGGGUCGCUCUAAGAAACUGGGACUCUCAUAUCAGGAUAUUUUUCACACGUUUCGGCUGUGGAGAUUCAUUGGUUCAUUGUUUGCCUUUUCAUCGACACCGGAGCUAAUGUUUGGACUAUAUUUGCUCUAUUACUUUAGGGUGUUUGAGAGACAGAUAGGCUCUAAUAAACAUUCGGUGUUUAUGUUUUUCUCUGUGAUCCUAUCAUCGCUAUUUGAGAUCCUAGCUCUGACAUAUCUAAGAGAUCCCUCAAAUGUGUUGGUAUCUGGCCCUUACGGUCUGAUUUUUGCUUCUUUUGUACCUUUCUAUUUUGACAUUCCAGUUUCAUCAAGAUUCCGUAUAUGUGGUGUACAAUUCAGUGACAAGUCAUUUGUAUAUUUGGCGGGUCUUCAGCUUCUCUUCUCAUCGUGGACGCGGUCAUUCAUACCGGGCAUUUGUGGAGUACUUGCUGGGUCUUUAUAUCGCCUAAAUCUACUGUACAUCCGAAAAAUAAAGUUCCCGGAUGUUGUCGCAUCAUCUUUCUCAAGGUUACCUUGGCCUCUGCCAGCAACUUCAUCUCAUAUAUCAAGUGGGAGUAACUCAGAAAAUGUGCCUCUUAAUGCAAGUCAUCAGAUGGAAGGGAACUAUCAAUCUGCUGCCCGUGCUUCGGCGCCAGAACUGGCCUCUGAAACUUCUGUGGCAACAUUGGUAUCCAUGGGCUUCGACAGAAAUUCAGCACGACAAGCACUCAUCCAUGCUGGAGACGACAUCAAUUUGGCAACGAACAUCCUCCUCGAAGCGCAGUCGCAUUAGACCUCUUAGAAAACUACAUCAUUUUCCUUGGGAAAAUGUGGAAGUGUCCUGUACAAUAUCAAAGAAACACAAACACACUCACUAGCAACGGUACAAACAUGCUUAGGGGUCAAUGUGUCAGUUUAGAGCCCAUGGUGUCUAUGUCAACAUAGUUUCAGUUUCGUUCUUGUAGUAUUUCAUUGUGAAUAUUUAAGUGAUUAGCCUGCAGUAUUCUACUAGAAUUUGUAACGUGAAUUUAUCAUCAUCGUUGAGCCGUGUCUUUAUGCAUCAUCGCUGACUUUAGAAGAUCAGAUUACUAUCAGCAAUAUUCCUAUGUGUAUGCGCAGUUUACAGUUGAGGGAAAAAAGAAACCACUUUGUACCCUAUAUCAAAAUUCACAAUAUAAGAAAUGUUCGAAGUCCAUAGACAAUGAAUGUCUUUCUCUUUAAA